UAUUAUUUUUCAUCAUUCAACAUGGUAAAUGAAGUAGUUACUAAAACUGACGUACCUCCCAGUUCACUCAAAAGUGAAUCCAUUCAUCAAAUAGAUCAAGUUCACGUCAAAGAUAAUGAGUCCAUCACUCAAUUAGAAGACAUCUCUAAAGUAGAUCAUCAUCUCACACGCGUUCUUUUACGCAAACUCGAUAAAAGACUACUACCUCUUCUUUGUGUCUUAUAUCUAUUGAGUUAUAUUGACCGUUCUAAUAUUGGUAAUGCUAAGCUGGGUGGAUUAGAAGAAGACUUGGGCAUGACAAAACAAGAUUAUCAGUGGUCUCUAUCUAUUUUUUACUUUUCCUAUGUCAUUUUUGAUUUGCCUUCUAAUAUUAUCAUGCGUCGUUGGCUUCCUUCUUAUUGGUUGGGUAUUUUAAUGUUCUUUUGGGGUUCUGUUGCUACUGUGAUGGCAGCAAGCACUAAUUUUGCAGGUGUUGCUGUCUGUCGAUUCUUUUUGGGCUUGUUUGAAGCUGGCUUCUUUCCUGGUGUUAUUUAUUUCAUGUCAUUAUGGUAUACUAGAAAAGAAUAUGGUCGUCGUAUUGGUUUCUUUUGGUCAUUCAGUAGUUUAGCUGGUGCCUUUGGUGGCCUUAUUGCUUAUGGUAUUUCUCAAAUCCAAAACGAUGCUCUUAAAACUUGGCAAUGGCUUUUUAUUAUUGAAGGUAUCCCUACUGUCAUUCUUGCUGUAUUUUCUGCUUGGUAUUUGCCCAACAAGCCAGAAACAGCAAAGUUUCUUACUGAGCAAGAGCGUGAAUUAGCUGUCAGAAGAUUAGAAGAUGACGCUGGUGCUUCUAAUGAUCAUUCAUGGUCAUGGGCUCAAGUAACUUCGGUCUUCAAAGAUUGGAAGACCUAUUUCUAUAUGGCUAUUUACAUUCUCGGAACAAGUGCUUUACAAGGCAUUACUCUAUUUUUGCCUUCUAUUAUUGCUGGUAUGGGAACCUGGUCAAAACCUGUUGCCCAGGCCCUUACUGUUCCUCCUUAUUUCUUUGCCUUUUUGUCUACGAUUGCUGUUAGCUGGAGCUCCGAUAAAUACUUUGAAAGAGCUUACCAUUUGAUUGGCAUCAACAUGGUGGGUCUUUUGGGUUUCUUGCUUCUUAUGUUUUUACCAAGUGAAAAUAUAGCUGGUAACUAUAUCAGUGCUUGUCUUGUUACUAUGUCUGUCUACACCAAUGUGGCUGUCAAGGUAGCAUGGUUCAACAACAACUAUGGUGGCUUGACUCGUCGAGCUGUUGCUUCUGCUGCUAUUGUCAGUGUUGGUACUAUUGGUGGUGCUGUUGGUGGACAAAUCUACUAUGACGGUCCAAAAUAUUUUGCAGGCAACACAAUUGCUUUUUCCUGUGUCGCUGCACAAACAGUAUUGAUCAUUCUUCUUCGUAUUUUACUGGCUCGCGAAAAUAAGAGAAGAAGUAGACUAUCUGAAGAGCAAAGAGAACUUGAAAUUCACAAAUAUGGUGGUAUAGAACUUGUGGGUGAUCGACAUUAUUCAUUCAAAUAUGUCUUGUAAUUUUAUUAUAUAUUGUAUGUAAAUUAUUCUUAUACCAAAACGUAAUAAAUCAGCUU